AUGGAGCGAUGGCUUGAGCGAUUGCCCCGACCCAGUGGUGUGAGACACGUUCAGAAAGCCAGCAAUGGAUUCGGUUUCUCACCUGCUCCUGAACCUCACGGAGAUGCCGAGGGUGACAGGUACAAGCGGGGCCAGGGGCCGGGGGCGGCUGCGAGGAUGACAAACCUGGAUCAGACUGUGCGGAUAUUCCUUUACUGCCUGUUUUUUGUGUUGAGCGUGCUCGGGAAUGUCCUGAUCAUCGUCGUCCUGCUGAGGAACAAGCGGCUGCGGACCGUGACCAACACGUUCCUGCUCUCGCUGGCCGUCAGUGACCUGAUGUUGUGCCUCUUCUGUAUGCCCUUCACCCUGAUCCCCAACCUGCUCAAGGAUUUCAUUUUCGGAAGCGCUGUCUGCAAAGCUGUCGCCUACUUCAUGGGUAUCUCUGUUAGUGUUUCUACCUUCAGCUUGGUGGCGAUUUCCCUGGAGAGAUACAGUGCCAUCUGCAAACCGCUUAAAUCCAGGGUUUGGCAAACCAAGUCUCACGCCUUCAAAGUGAUUGCCGCCACUUGGCUGCUCUCAGUUAUGGUAAUGUUACCGUAUCCCAUCUACAACACCUUGGUUCCCUUCACCAGGGUAAACAACAGCACUGGCAACAUGUGCCGUCUCCUCUGGCCGAAUGACUUCACCCAACAGUUCUGGUAUAUUUUCCUGUUACUGAUUCUCUUUCUGAUCCCCGGAAUAGUGAUGAUGAUUGCAUACGGACUGAUAUCCCGCGAGUUAUACAGCGGCAUUCGGUUCGAAGUGAAAAGGAGAAAGAGGAGCCAAGAAAGGAAAAGCGGUGGCUGUGCCAGCGGUUACGAGGAUGGAGAUGGGUGUUACAGGCAGAACGUAAAACGCAAAAGGACGAUGGCAAUGCAACGACUAUCGAGCACCGCCGGUGCUAAAAUAAACAGAGUGAGAAGCAACAGCUCCACAGCGAACUUAAUGGCAAAGAAGCGAGUGAUUCGGAUGCUGAUUGUGAUUGUGAUCAUGUUCUUCAUCUGCUGGACCCCUAUAUUCUGUGCAAAUGCUUGGCGAGCGUUUGACAAGGUCUCCGCCGACAGAUUCCUGUCCGGGACCCCGAUUUCAUUCAUCCAUUUGCUCUCGUAUACAUCCGCCUGCGUGAACCCCAUCAUCUACUGUUUCAUGAAUAAGCGAUUCCGCGUGGCUUGCUUAGCGACUUUUACCUGUUGUACCAAGCAGCGGCCACAGCUGAGGGAGACGGAGGACGAGGGUCGCACCACCACUGCUUCCAUCUCCAGGUGCACUUACACCAGCGUCUCAGCCCCCUCUUGACCCCGGGGGCAAGGCAACUCCUCAUCCUUUCCCAUCAGGGAUGUUCUCCUAUUAACCCUGUUUUAUUUCAACAGACAUUUGCCUCGUUAUUUAUUACGUUUGCAAGCUUUGCAUCGAUACAGGAGACCAACUCUCAAAACUGAUGUACUUGACAACAAGAAGCAGUCGAAGGAUGAUAAUCCCAGAGAAUAAAAACGUUGCACUGUCGAGAUCACGCGUUGUUGUUGUUAUGAUGCAGGCCUGUCGCCUAUUUCUUGCGGCCGUUCCUUGGCGAGAGAAAGAAGGCUGGUUGUAAGCAAAUCAUUAAAACAAUUAUAACUUUGUUGGCAAUGAUUACGUUGGGGGGUUAGAGUGUUUAGCAGUGAGUGUCACGUAAUGCAAUGCAUAUUUUUGAAACAAGGCACUAACUGAACCAUCCGUGGGUUCAGUCGUGCAGGGAGGGGUGAAGUGAGAAGCGGACUUAAGGAUCUCUCUGCACUCGCCUGCCUGGUGAGUCCCUCCAGGACGGACAGUUGAACAUUGGUUUAUUCUUGUCAUGUGUAGCGAUAUGCAGCGAAAACCCUUUGCUGAGCCAUCCAGACAGAUCCCGUCACUACCGUCGUCAGAAUCAGAUUUAUUAUCACCGGCAUAUAUCGUGCACUACAGUGCAAGACAUAAAAAUUACUACAAAUUACAAAAAUAAAUAAAUAGUGCAAAAGAGGAAUAACGUGUGCAUGGACUGUUCAGAAAUCUUGAUUGUGAAAAAAAGUUCCUGAAAUGCUGAGUGUGGGUCUGGAGGCUCCUGUACCUCCUCCUCAAUUAUAGUAACGUGAAGAGGGCACGUCCUGGGUGGUGAGGGUCCUUAAUGAUGGAUGCCACCUUCUUGAAGCACCACCUCUCAAAGAUGUCCUUGAUGGUGGGGAAAGUUGUGGCCAUGAUGGAGCUGGCUGAGUCUACAACCCUCUGCAGCCUCUUUUGAUCCUGCACAUUGGAGCCUCCGUCCCAGGCAGUGAUGCAACCAGUGAGAAUGUUCUCCACUGCACAUCUGUAGAAACUUACAAGAGUUGUUGGUGACAUACCAAAUCUCCUAAAACUGCUGAUGAAGUAGAGCAACUGGCAUGCCUUCUUUGUGAUUGCAUCAAUGUGUUGCAUAAAUGUGUCCACACAUUUACUCCACCUUGGUUUACAUGCCCUUCAUGUGAGCACUAUCUUCCAUUUACAUGUAACUAAAAGCCGUAAAGUUUGAGAGAUUGGUUGUACCUGUUGGUACCUGAAGCGUGGCGACACUUGGGGACUGCCCCCCAGAACACUCUACACAAAAGAUG